AACUUGGCUAGUUCGGCAUGGCCGCUGUAUGUUAUCAGCCGUGUUUUGGGCCGAGGAGAAUUAGUGAAUGCAUGUUUUGAUGGUGAUUACUCGUGUUUGUGAAACAGUCUCAUGUGGGAUACCAUCAUGGAGAGGUAGAUGUACCCCAAGACACAACAUCGACUGAUGCAGUGCCGAGCUGUUCACUUGGGACUUUGCAAAGUUUGUGAACUCCUAGCAGACUUCUCCUCGCGUGUUUUAACGUUGGUGUCGAGCCCUUGUGUGUGUUCGUGAACUGUUGACAGUGAUUUCACGAGCUCGGGUCGGGCUGUUGUGACUCCUGUGGCAAGUUGUGGUUCUCUGGACUUGGUCAUAUGUUUGGAGGACCCACGGGUUAGUUUGUUACUCAUUUGAACAGUUUACCAGGAUUACUAGCGGAGGGGAAGAACCAGGCCUGUAGAGGGUUCCUCAAUGGAUUCAACACUAGCGCUUCUCUUGUUGUUUCUCGGCUAUUGUUUUGCUGUAAUUGAAGGAGAACUUCGGUGCUAUUGUAACGAAUCCGGGUGUGUCAGUACAGGCUAUAUGUGCAAGUCCAACAUCGGCAAGUGUUAUACGGCCAUGGAGACCGAAGGGGAGGUAACUCGCACUCGGCACGGUUGCUAUGACAACUUACCGGCGUCAUUGAGGACAAUGUGUGGAGAAGGGGAGGAGCUUGUUGAACCACGAGACUCCCAAUCAACAGUGACAGUUAUAUUCAAAUGUUGCAAAGACGAUAUGUGUAAUUACAAAGAAAAAAUCAUAGACAUUCCUAUAGUUCAAGCUUCUAAUUCGAACGGGAGUUCACAGAAAGGACAUACAAAGUCGAACCCGGCCGGAAAUCACGUAUACUAUUCUCGACGAGAUCCUGAACGAGACUUGUGGUUCAAGGCCGCCGUGAUUGCUGUGCCCAUCGCUGGAGGAUUCAUUCUUAUUCUUCUAGUGCUUCUCGCAGUGCGCAUGCUCAGAACAGACUCCAGACGCCAUAGACGUCUAAUCCAAGUGCGCCGAGAGCGCAGUCUGACCAAAGCUCAACUUUACGUCACAGAUCAUUUCAGCGACAAGUCCGAGAACUCGUGCACACUGUUCCCCGACAAAAGCAAACCGAGCAUAUGUCGAGACAUCAACAUCAAAGUCGAUAAAGACGGAAGAAUUUAUGAAAAAGUUGGUGAUAAAAAAAUACACAGACACUCCCAUCCAUCAUCAGUAAUUAUGUGGGGAAAACCAUCAAAAAACGAUCUGCCGACCGUUGUGUGAUAGGCACGUGUAUUGUGGCGCACGUGUAAACUGACAAUUUUGCUACAGGUGUAAAUGGGUUAUGAAUGAGUGGGACGUGUGCAUGAAUUUGACCAUGAAAUGGUCGGUUUGAUACUUUCAGCGUGGGCUGUAUUAGACAAGACGGUUGUAGAGGAUCAUGAACUACCCCGACUUGCCCAUGGAAGCUGUAUGGUGUGUUUUUCAACACGGGCUGACCUUGUCCUUGAUGCGGAGUGUACGUGUACGGAGAAACCAAUGUCAAACGGACUUUCAUCAAAUGUCAUUAUUUUAUUUUAUACAAAUGGCUUAUUUAUUGAUGUAAAAUAAACACAGGACGGAAGAUCCCUGUGAAAUGUU